CAAAUAUUCCCCUCAAUUUCCGAAAUUUUCUUUAGCUGUUCACAGAAUUUUCCGCGAUAAUUACGCUUCUCCUAGAAUGACGUCCAGCUCCAGACCGAACAGGCCAAAAUUGAGCUGUUGGUUGAGAGGUCCGGGUCCUGUUUACGGACUUCCCACACUCGUUGGGUAUGAGAAACAUGAUCCUUCGAGACACAGAAACCCCGCGUAUACUUUACGGGGGCGAUUGGCAGGCCUGGAGACGACAGUCGGUCCAGGUCCCGCGUACGAUGUAACGAAAUUGACGCGCACAGGCCCAGAGCAACCACCGGCUUUUUCGAUCAGGGGACGGCAACCAUUGAGAGGAUAUGAUUUGGGACCUGGCCCAUGCGGAUACCGUCCUGAGAGUUGUCCGCCCAUGAAUCACGUUCCCAGACCCCCAGCAUAUUCCUUGAAAGGGAGAAAAACCGAUAAAUUGGGAUAUGAUAUUCCUGCACCCAAUGCAUAUGCGGUUCCUUCUUGUUUGGGUCCAAAUAUACCGGAUAAAAGAGCCCUCGGAGCGUUCACUAUAACGGGACUACACGAUUUAAGAAAGAGAAGCGUGGGACCCGGUCCCGCAGCGUACGCCUUCAACACUGAUGUGGUGAAGCGAAAAUACCCUGCAUUUUCCUUUAAAUCGCGAACGAAACCCAUCGGUCAUGUUGUCGGCCCGGGCCCUGUGCACUACCCGACCUAUAACACCAGGAGAAAUGCCCCGAAAUUCUCAUUCGGUGUAAAGCACAGCGAAUGCGCACCACCUGCGAUCACACCGAUGGAUGAUCAGUAGAUUGUCCCUUCAUUUAUAAAGAAAUAUAGAAAUUAUGAGAACGCUGAAAACCGUUAUAUUAUUUCAAUGAUAUGAUCAUCGAAAAAUCUGGAUUUUUACAAAUCUUCAGAAAGUAACUGCUUUAAUUAUAACAGCAAUAUUUUACUUGGCUUUUACUUUUAUACAUUUAUCUCUUAUUUAAUUUUUUUCAUUAAAAAAAAACAAUGUUUUCAUAGCCAAAAAAUAUUUUGCUCGAUUCAGCAAGUAAUAAUUAUUAAAAGAAAUAAUCAGACUACGCACAAUAUUUUUUUCUAAAAACUAUAUUUUAUCUUUCUGGAUCACUCAUUAUCAAUACAAAUAGAAAAAAGAAAGCUGACGAUUACAGACUAAUGUAGAUUACGACUAACUUUAUAAGGAUAAUGAAUCGCAGUAAAAAUCGCCGAUCACACUGGCUUUUGCAAUUUACCCAAUGAUUCAUCAACCAAAAAUGAAACCAUCGAGGAUUAUCUUCCGAAAAUAUUGGGACGGGGUAACUACGCGACUCUCUAGUUUCCCAAGUACCUCAUUAAUUCUUUGUACAUGAAAUUUAUUGACUUCGGUAAUCCUCACGUGAGAUUGUAAAUAUUCCAACGUUAACAAUUCUACAUUAUAAAUAAUUUAUAAACUCGAUCAUUUGAAAAACUGUAAAAUCCAUGUUCAAUAAUUUAUGUACAGUGCGUGGAGGUGAGUUUAGACUAUCGUUGAGAUUGAGUGAUUUGAGUAAGGUAAAGCUCAAUCAGGGACAAUUAAUUAUUAUGAGCGCACCAUUAAUAUUGACAAGAUGGAAACAGUCUCAGUAGUUAUUCUGCGGUCAAGCUAAACAAUACAAUGAACUCUUGAAAUUACACUCGCUGCAGGGAGUUGUCUCCGUCGUUAAGUCAUCACGUGAUUUUGGCGAUUUUUUUAUCCGCAAAAAAUGAGACAAAAAAGAGUUUCAUUUUUUAAAAUUACGCCUGGUUUAAAAUCCAGAAACAGAAACAAAUAUAGUGAAUCCAUAAAAAAUCUCGAUAAGAAGAUUAUUUCGAAUAUGUAAUAUCUCUACAGCCCCAUGCAGCUGAUAGAAAUGGAAACUCUUUUUUUUCUCAUUUUUUGACCGCAAAAAUGAGUCAUAAAAUUGUGAGAAUGAUGGAGAAUUCCUAGCAGCAUUCAAAUAUCAAGGAUUUGAUCACAGAUCAUAUUAUAAACCCUCAAAACAAUCCAAAUAACGUUAAACAGUAACUUUGAGUCUUAAUGAUAAACAUUUCUGUGCAAUUGCUGCGACGAAGAUGUGAUUACUGUGGCGAGAUUAUCUGAAACACCACCCCUUUAAUUCCUCAUUGUCAGUAGCACAAGUCGACUGAAUACUAAGUGGAAUGGAUCAAUGAAAUCAUUCAAUUCAUCUGUUCCAAUAUAUCCGGUGAUUUCAAUAUCUUGAGAAGGACUCCCCAUGACAUUCUCCCCUAACAGUGUUCCAUUUUCCACCUCACAGAUGACGCGAGCUGAUUAACUUAACAAUUAUGCAUGCCACUUGUGGUAAUUCCUGAUUAUUUCUCGAGGAAUUUUUCCAGUUCUCCCUAGUGGUUGUUCUCGGCCUCUCCAAUUAUUCUUUCGUCGAAUCGUCCACCUCCAUCUGCUCACUUUGUACUUCGACUGAUUUCUCUGGUUCCUCCACCUCUGUCUCGGCUGUCACCUCCUUCUCUGGUUUAGGUCUAUCACUUUGUUGAGAUAUUUGCUCCUCCACUUUGCCAUUUGGAACCUCGGGGGUCUCGGGCUUCUCCACUACCUCAAUAUCGGAGUCUGUUCCUGAGGAUGAGGAGGCCUCGGUGUCGUUGGAUUUCUUGGCGCUCAGGGCCGAAGAGAACGGUGAAGCUGCUUCAGUCUCAAGCUUUGGGGCUGAGGGCUUCUGCUUGCGAGCUGGAUUCCAGUAAUUGCAGUAACAGCAUCUGAACCC